AGAAUGAAAUUCAGAUUGUGUGUGCCGGGAGCCAAGGGGGGCUGCGGGGCAAAACUACUCGAGGCAGGAGCUUUGUAAGAGCCAAUAAAGCAAGUAGCAUGUACUUGACAAGGACCCAAAGGGGAAGAGAGAGAGAGGGAGAGAAGCAGCUGUUGGAGGAGGAGAGUGAGACAAAGAAGGAGCAGGGGGCUGUCCUUAGUUGCUCUUCAGUGUGAGGAGUGUUAGUGGGAGGAGGCACAGGAGAAAGAAGAGAGCAAGAAAGAGAAAGAGCAGUAUGUUUAGAGUGUAAGGAGAUAAAUAUUCAAGUUGUUUUGCAGAGUCUCCUCUCCUCUUUUCUGCAAAACUGAGGGACCAUGAAGCAGGGGUGGACUCUACUUCCCUGGCUCCGUGCUCUCCUGCUGGGGCUGAUGGGACUUCUGGUGUGCUGCUCGGAGUUCCAGCAUCAUCACUAUGAGGACAUGGUGAGAGCCCUGUUUGCAGUGCAGAGCGAGUGUCCCUACAUAACGCGCAUUUACAGCAUCGGGCGCAGCGUGGAGGGGCGCCAUCUCUACGUGCAGGAGUUCAGUGAUAACCCAGGGAUCCAUGAGGCAUUGGAGCCAGAGUUCAAGUACGUGGGCAACAUGCAUGGCAACGAGGUGCUGGGCCGUGAGCUGCUCAUUAAGUUCUCCCAGUUCCUGUGUGAGGAGUACCGGGCUGGAAACCAGCGGAUCAUGAGGCUGAUCCAUGACACCCGAAUCCACAUCCUGCCCUCCAUGAACCCCGAUGGAUACGAGGUGGCUGCCAGACAGGGUCCAGAGUUCAAUGGCUACCUGGUGGGUCGAGGAAACUCCAGAGAUAUUGAUUUGAACCGGAACUUUCCUGACCUGAACGCCCUCAUGUACUACUACGAGAAGACCAACGGAAGAAACCACCACCUGCCCCUGCCUGACAACUGGGAACAACAGGUUGAACCAGAGACUUUAGCAGUCAUUAGAUGGAUACAAAACUACAAUUUUGUCCUGUCGGCUAACCUCCACGGGGGAGCUGUGGUAGCUAAUUACCCAUUUGACAAAUCGAGAGAUCCACGAAUUCGAGGGAGAACGACGUAUGCGGCCACUCCAGACGACAAAGUCUUCAGAAAGUUGGCCAGGACGUACUCGUUUGCUCACAGCUGGAUGCACAAGGGGUGGAACUGUGGGGACUUUUUUGAUGAGGGGAUCACCAACGGUGCCAGCUGGUACUCUUUAUCUAGAGGCAUGCAGGACUUUAACUACCUAUACAGCAACUGUUUCGAGAUCACCUUGGAGCUGAGCUGUGAUAAGUUCCCUCCAGCGUCAGCGCUGCCCAGAGAAUGGCUGGGAAACCGGGAAGCGCUGGUUUCAUACCUUGAGCAGGUGCAUCAUGGGAUAAAAGGCAUGGUCUUUGAUGAAAACAACAACCCCAUCGGUAACGCUGAGAUCUCAGUGGCAGGAAUCAACCAUGAUGUGACCAGUGGGGUGGAUGGCGACUAUUUCAGACUUCUUUUACCAGGCACCUACACUGUGACGGCAUCUGCUCCAGGCCACGUCGCCUCCACCAGCACCGUCACGGUGGGACCAGCUGAGGCCAUACAGCUCCACUUUUACUUGAAAUCGGCACCAAAACAAAACCUGAAAGUGAAGCCCCACAACGGCAAGAAGAACCUCUCCUCUCCUAAGUCCAGGUUAAAACUCGGCCCCAGAUGAGACAUGGACUAAAUUGUGAAAAUUUCUACACAGAAGAUAUAUACAUAAAACACGCACCAGCCCACACACAUACACAGACAAAUUUUGGAGAUAUAAUUGACCGUAAAAAUGUCUGUUAUUUUAUCAUUUUAGUCCUAUCAUUGUGUAUUUCAACCAUCUGUGUUUUGUUUGUUUGUUGCUGAUAAAUAUAAGCGGUGUGUCUGAUUUAUUAGUAUUUAUGUAACAGCAUUGAUUUGUAUGAACACAGCUAUACUGUAUUUGUAAAGGACGUUCCUGGUUUAUAAAAUUUGAUGAAACUGAAAGUGAAAUAAAAGGAUGUGUCAGCUGGUGAUAUUU